AUGGGCAAGAAUGAAUAUUUCAGCUCUGAUGAAAUUGAAAAGCUCAAGGCCCAUUUCAUGAGAAGCUCAUCCUCCAGUGCUGUGAGCACGUUGUUGGCCACCGGUAACAAUGGACACAAUCCAUUACCUCAUCAUCACCACCAACAUCCAGUGAGUCUUCUUCCUCUACUUCUUCCCUCCAAUGGCCAAACCUCUGCUACUACUGCUAUGAACAGCAGCAACGCCAUUGCUACUUCUUCAAUCUCCACGCUUCAUCUGCUGAAUGGAAAUCAUUCUGUUGUGAAUGCGGUAAGGAGUGAAAUUAUACAACAACAACAUCAACAACACAAACACUCAGAAUUCUCGGACUCCAAUCUGGUUGCUCUCGUUAAAGAUUUGGGUUACACCAUCAUGUCCACAGUGGACGCUUUCAGCAGAGUGGUAGAGAAUUGUUCCAAUCUGAACGAACGAACUGUUGGAGAGUUAAUAGGUAUGAUGGCCAUGAAUCAUACCGGACUACAAACUCGAGCUGAUAAUGGCUCUAUUGUUUCCUUCCUUCAAUCCAUAGGCUCUUCAAAAGUAGAAAUCAAGGAAAACGCAUCAUCAUGGAAUCUCGAUAACUUCGUAACGGUCAUGAAACAAAAAGACCUCAACUGGAAACAAGUCGUAGCAUGCUUGGACCAUCCUGGAUUCAAGUUAAAGGAUCAAAAAGGCCUCGCAAUGAUCGUUACUAUUUACAAAAAGAUUACAGGAGAGAAGCUACCACUAGAUGUUUUCGUUUGCCGAAAGUGGAACAACAAUGAUGCUCAACUUUCCUUCAUUCUUCUCGCUUUGGACGCUCCACCUGACAUUAUUGACUUUUCAUCAGAUAAGCUUCGUCAUGUCGACAUUUCCUUCCUUCCUUCUCACAAAAACCAAAACACAACAUGGGGAACAAUAGAUUUAGUAGAAACCUUGUUAAAUUUGGCUGAUAUCGAGAAUAUUAAUGCCAUCAAGAGGUUAUUUGAAGCUCCCAUGAAACAAUGUCCAGAACAAUUCCUAUUGGCUCUUGCUCAGUGUAAUCCAAUCAACAUUUUACUUCGCCAAGAAGUGAUUUCACAGAUCGUACCCAUCUUUGUCAAGCCACACAAGAAUUCAUUCUCUGUGCUCCACAAAUUCUCUGAAGUGAAUCAGCCAUUACUCAUUUCCACUCUUUCGGAAACAUACCGAAAAGAUCCCACACAAUUGAGAAGGAUUUUAGACAUUGCUCAAGAAUUGAAGAUACUUGAUGCUAUUCUAGAUUCAAGACCAUUCCGGUUUGCCAUUGAAAUUGCGAUUUUGGCAUCGAAGAGAGACCAUCUUAACUUGGAGUUAUGGCUUCUCAACAAUAUGGAACGUCAUGGCAAUGAAUUUGUUCAGGAAGUCAUCAACUAUUUGACAGAUGCCAUUCCUACUCUAAAGGACAAGACUUCUCAGCAACAGGCAACCUUCACUUCUGACACUGCAAAGAUUUUCUUCAAGUGUCUUGACAAGGCCAGAAACUUGAUUGUUGCAGAAAUUUUCGAACAAGCAUACCAAUUGUAUCAAGCAUUGGACGAGAAUCUCAAGCGAGAAAUUGCAACAACCGAGUUCCAACUCUCUCCAGAGAUUGAAACCAAGACCAAUCAGUUUUUCCUUUCCAUGUUCCAUGGAGAAAUUACAGUAGAAGUUGGAGUUGAGAAACUAAAAGAAAUGAAGCUUUCAAAGACCAGAGCUGACCAAGAAAUGUUUGCCUGUGUGAUUCACAAUCUAUUUGAUGAGUAUAGAUUCUUCAGUCAAUAUCCUGAAAAUUCAUUGAGAGUGAUGGCCAAACUCUUUGGACUAAUUAUUCAACAUAAUGUCAUAGUUGCCAAAACACUAAAGUAUGGCCUAAUUUGUGUUUUGCAAGCUCUUUCGAGCCCUGACAUCAAACUUUUCCAAUUUGGUCUCAUUGCAUUGUCACAAUUCAAAACUAGAGUUUCUGAGUGGCCACAGUUUUGUGCUCAUUUACGUACAAAGAUUCCACAAGCUUUCCAACACAUUCCAGAUCUUGCUCAGUAUGUUGCUAAAAGCCUCAGCUUGAUUGAGACUCAAUUACCAAGCGAUCAAUAUGGAAUGCCUGGUAUUCAAAAUACUGCCAUUUCUUCCCCUCCAACAUCCAUCUCUCCUCAGCCAAAUGUAAUGCAGCAACAAUUUGGCACUAGUAGUACCUUCCAACAACCCUCCAUUAGCACCACACCUCCUCCCCAAAUUUCUACUUCUCCAACCCCUCAAAUUCCUCCAUCAGCCACAUUAACACCAACAACUGAUCCGCAAACACCAACUAAAACCAAAAAAGACGAAGAGAAGGAUAAGGCCUCUCCUGGAAUUGGCUUCCAGUUGGAUAUCAGUACUCUGACUAAAAACGUUACAACACAAGAAAUUGAAGCUCCAGAGCCAGAGCUUGCAGAUAAGAUGAAAUUUGCAAUUAACAAUCUCUCUCAAAUCAACCUCAAUGAGAAAAGUAACGAGCUGAAAAAUCUGUUGUCUCCAAACUUGUAUCCAUAUAUUGCAAGAUAUAUUGUUGUAAACAGAGCCAGCUUGGAGCCAAACUUUCAUUUAGUGUACGCAAAAAUGUUGAGCACUUUGAAGUUGGAAGAGCUUGACAAGCAUGUUUUGAAGCAGACCUACAUUGCUGUCAAUGCUUUACUUCAUUCUGAAAGAAUUACUACCAGUCUUUCAGAAAGAUCUCUUCUCAAAAACUUGGGAAGUUGGCUAGGAUUACAAACCUUGGCAAAGAAUAAGCCCGUUCUUCACAAAGAUCUUGAUUUGAAGUCUCUUUUAUUCGAAGCCUACGAAAGUGGAAGGCUCAUUGUGGUCAUACCAUUUGUUUGCAAAAUUUUGAAUCAUUGUGCCAAAUCAAAAGUCUUUACACCUCCAAAUCCAUGGGUUAUGGGUAUUGUAUCUCUUUUAGUUGAGAUUCAUGCAAUUCCAGAGUUAAAAUUGAAUCUAAAGUUUGAGGUUGAAAUGUUGUGCAAAACCUUAAAACUAACCAUUUCUCAAGUUGAGCAACAAAACAAGGAGAAAGAAGAUUACAUUCCUCUACUUCAAGGAAGAUCACAACUCAAAUACAACAAUCCAGAUAUUCAUGGUCCAACUAGUGCUGUAGAACCACUCGCACCAAUUGCUCCUGGCAAAUCAGAAAAGCUAUUCAACAUCUCUCAAGUAACUGAUACUGGAAUUAUUAUUACCGAUCUCCAGGAUCAAGUGAAAAUUGCUGAAAAUUUGUCUAUUUUCAGAGAACAACCAGAAUUGCGAAAGCUUGUUGUAGUUGCUCUUGACCAAACCAUUCGUGAAAUUAUAGCUCCGUUUGUAAAAAGAGCAGUUACCAUUGCCUGCCGUACAACAACAGAAACAAUCAUUAAGGACUUUAUUGCGGAACCAGAUUAUAACAAAAUGCAUCGAGCAGCCAACUUGAUGGUGGCUAAUCUUGCCUCCAAGCUUGCAGUGGUUUCUUGUAAGGACAUUCUCAAGAAUAACCUUCAAAAUCACCUCAGAACAUUAUUCGAAGCUGCUUCAAUCAAUCCAAGCGAUCCAAAGCUUAAGACUGUUAUUGAUCAAAUUGUAACAAACGUUAGCGCAGAUAAUGUUAAUGUUGGCUGUGCUUAUGUUGGUCAAGCAGCCAGAGACAAGGGAAUGCUGGAUAUUACUGAAGCUCUUCAGUCUGAACUUGAAUUGAGAAAAAGCUAUGCAAGUGGCGCCGUUAUGAAUUAUACCAAUUACACGAUGCCAACCUUUGUACAAAGAUUACCCGAGAUGUUAGCUCCAAAAAGUGGUCUUCAUAGAAGUCACGUUCAAGUUUAUGAGGACUUUGAAAGAAAGACUAUAUUCGAGCAACCAAGAGAAGACAUGCUUCCAUAUAACGUUGCUGUCGAUCAAGCCAAGCUUGCAUUUGCCAGUAUGAUGGAAUAUUUCAAUCAGGUUAAAACUCAAUUGCCAAAUAUUUCAUACGUUCCAGCACAGAGCCGUUUUUAUGAAAACUUGAACAAGAUUAGAUCCAUUCUCCGUAGAUCUGUUCAAGGGGGAGAAACUGCAGAGGCACUUUGCAUGGACGUUUUCUACAAGCUUUACGAUACAGAUAUCAAUGUCAUUAGAGAGGCUUGUGUAAUGGUUCUUUCUGUUUUGCGAGAAAUGGAAAGCGAAUCAUCUAUGAUUCAAGUUACUAAUCUGUGGAAAGAGUUGACACCCAAUCAAAAACUCGACAAUGCUACUCUUUCAUUAAUCAGAGUAGAUUUAUUAGAUCUAGUGACUCUUGAUAACGAGCUAUUAGCUCUGGUUGCUGAUUUGAACCAUAGUAAGAAUGCAAUACCAUUCUAUUUGCGUCUGAUUCAACGAUUGGUCAUUUUGAAGAGUACACUCACUGUGGCAGAUCUUCCAAAAUCCUUCAACUUUGUUCAAUCAAACUUGUCAAAGCAUCAGGAUUACUUGGCAUAUGCUUCCAUUAUUGAACAAGCCGCAAAAGCAACAAGCAAUUUGUAUGACAACCCAUUGACUAUACUGUUCAAUGUUGCUUCAGAUUUUGAAUCUCCAGAGAGAUAUGCUGUGCGAGAUCAGCAUUUGAAGAAGUUUGUCACAUACCUUUCAAUUUCUGAAAUGCCUUACACCCCAACACCAUAUUACGAUCGAAACCAUGUUUCCUACAGUUGGAUGUCGUUAUUCAAGACUGCUAACGAAAACAAAGUGCUAAUCACUGUUGAUUUCAAUGACAUGUUUGACAAAAAAGUAGCGUCUUUUGAGGACACUAUUAGACCUUAUCUUGAAACUGCUGUUGAACAUUUCUACAAGUUUGGAGUUAAUUUACCCUAUCCAGAGACUUUCAAAUUUGCUGAUGGUUUAUGUGAUUUCAUUGGCAAACUAAUUUUCGAGCAAAGUGAACGUUAUGAUAUAGAACCUGAAUAUUUCUCAAAAGCUCUUACAAGAUUCAAGAUUGUUCUUGAUCUGAUCAUACAAUUAAUCAUGAAGGAUAUGGAACUUCAACAAUCAAAGUUCAAUCAGAGAAUUUAUUUAAGAUUACUGUCAGGCAUGAUUGUUCAAGCUGGAAGCUACUUGCCCCCUCCUUCUUAUUAUAUGGGACCUUCAUACCGAGCAGAAUAUUUCCACCAAAACUAUGACAAGCAUUUGGAAGCUCACUCAGAAAUUUUGUGUAUCUUUGCACAAGCUCUACUCGUACUGAAACCAACCAAGAAUCCAGCAUUUGUUUUUGCCUGGUUGGAAUUAAUUUCUCAUCGCUUCUUUAUGCCAAAAGUUCUUGCUCCAAGCUGCAAGAAGGGUUUGCCUUUGUACCAUGAUUUAAUUAUUGAAAUGUUUAAAUUCUUGGAACCAUUUUUGCAGGCUGGACAGUUGAACAAUCCGGUCAAACUAGUAUACAAGGCGGCUCUCAAGAUUUUAUUGAUCCUUCUUCAUGACUUCCCAGAAUUCCUUUGUGAUUAUCAUGUCUCGUUGUGCAACGUUAUUCCAAACACUUGCAUUCAAAUGCGAAAUCUUAUCCUUUCUGCAUUCCCAAGACACAUGAAGCUUCCAGAUCCAUUCACAAAAGAUCUCAAGGUCGAAAGUUUGUCCGAGAUCAAUGAACAACCAACAAUAUUGAGCGACUAUUUGAAACAUUUUACUAAGGAGUUACCAGUCGAGUUGUUCGAAUCUCUGGUCGACAAGUAUUCUAUUAACUCUGAUGUUUCACUUUUGGAUCAAAUCAUCAAUAAGAUUAAGUUGACGUCACAGGAAGAAAUUGCUGAGUGUGGAACUUCGUACAACGUUCCAUUAAUUAACUCGAUCGUCCUGCAUGUUGGAGUAUUAAGUACAACUAGACAUCCUCGAUCACAAUGCAUGCACUCUUUUGCAACGGAAGUUCUUCGUAGAAUGCUCUACAAGGUAGACUUUGAAGGACGUUACUUGGUGUUAAACGCCAUGGUCAAUCAGUUGAGAUAUCCAAACAUUCAUACAUACUACUUUAGUUGUGUGUUGUUAAACUUCUUCUGUGAAGAGCAUUAUAUUCAGGAUCAAAUUACACGUGUACUGAUUGAGCGAUUGAUUGUCAGUAGACCACACCCUUGGGGUUUGUUAAUUACUUUCAUUGAGCUGAUUAAGAACAGUGUUUACAAGUUCUGGGAAAAGCCUUUUAUUCAUUGCUCCCCCGAAAUUGAGCAAAUGUUCCAAAAUGUAAGACAAACCUGCAAUUAG